CUCCCCCACAACCUGCGCUGCAGCUGCGGAGCCGCGUGAGUGAAUGAAUGAAUGGGCUGCCUGCAGGGAAGUGACGGCCCCAUGGCUGAGGAAGGAGAUCUCCCCCUUCGUGUCACCAGCGCGGCGCUGAGGAGCGUGGUGAGCGGUCGCCAUGCCGACCACUACGGGAGGGUGGUGGACUUUGUGGACGUUGUUUGGCAACAGGCGUCAAGCCUCAUCACUUACCAACAUUACCUCAAGCUCACCCUUGCCUUUAAAGCCAAGCUGGUCAUGGAGAUGUUCGUGAGGCAGUGCAGCCUGUUGGACAUCCUGCAGACCCUCGACAAAUACUUCCCCCCACAGUCUUCAGCCGAUCCCCGGGCGUCCAGGACGGAGGUGGUGAAGGAGCAGCAGUGUCGGCUGCAGUUCCGCCGCCUGGUUCUGCGGCUGGUACGAGACGGGGCUUACCGUCACCACUUCCUGCAGGGCGAUGUGGAGCAGGAGUUUGGUGCCCUGUUCAUGGCCGCUGCCCAGGCACUGCUCUGGGAGUUCCUGGAGAGGAUCGAGAACAUCCUGCCGCCCCUCCGCAUUGAGCAGACCCGGGCCGGUUCCAUGGACACAGGCAGCAUCUCCCCGGACAAGCAACCCCUUGCAGAUUGCAGCCGGACCCUUCCUGACCGCCUCCUCCAUCCACCGCAGCAGCGGCAGCAGCACCGGAGCGGGAACAAUGGAAGCGCCAGCGAGACGGACCCGGAGCGCGGAGUGGCGCCGCCGGGUAGCCGGUGCCUGGCGUCCUCGAUGGGGAGCGGGGAGAGGCGACUGGCUCGGAGCUCCCCGGGAGGCGGCGGUGGGGAGGCUCGGCCACGCAGUCCCCGGUCUCCGGUCUUCUCCUCCUUUCACUUUGACCAGUGGUCGGAUGAGGAACCGGGGCGCUGUCCGCCGCUGCCCCGAUCCCCCCCGGAUCCCCUGCAGUCCCAGCGGGCGGAAUCCCUCCCAGCCGGAGCUGCCACCGUCUGUGACCAGCGCGGCCGCUCAGGAGCCGGUCGUGCCGGGACAUCCAGGGGCCCAGGCACCGCGGGCCGAGGGUCGAGGUCACUUGGCAGGCUGACGCACCUGGGCCUCGACCUCCAGCGCUUGUCCAGCGCCCCGGUGCCGCGGGAGGUUGGGGAGCAGCUCGCCCGUUGCCCGCAGUUCCAACCCACGGUUCUCUUGGUGCGACUGAGCGACGGGCAGAGGCCCCAGGGGGACACCGCUCCAGCGGGCAGAGACCAGCAGCACCGCCCCACAGCAGUGCGUGGGGGGCCGGUGUAUAUGGGAAUGGAGAGUGAGGAGGGAAGCCUGCUGUGGGGCGAGUCCCCGCUGUCUGACCCCAGCGACAACGAUUAUUACCCUUUCUGUAGCCAGGAUGUGGCGCAAGUCCACUGGUUGUGGCGGAACAGCCUCGGACAGUUUACCACAAGAUACCGCCAUGUGGAUGGGAACCCGGACUAACGCCGCCGCCCAGCGCAGGGCAGCCCGGGCAUCGCCACCGUUACACUGCGGGGUAGAGGGCGCGGGACCGUGGUCGGUGCUACAACAAACACCUCCCUCUUCCCGGCAGCUUUCCACCCGCCCGCCUGCUCAUAGCUGGGGCUGUGAUCCCGCAGCACCCUGGCCAUCCUCGCCUCAUUUCAUCUUCACUGGGAGGGUUGGGGGUGGGGGUGGGGGUUGUGGAUCAUUUCUCCAGUAACUUUGAAUCUCAACUCUGGCAACGUCCGAGACAUGUGGAACAGCAGGUGCUGGAGGAACUCCGCGGGUCGGGCAGCAUCUGUGGAAGGAAUGUACAGACGACACUUCUGGUCGAGCCUGAAUGGGACAAGAGCUGUAUCAACGGCUCCACCUGUGGGCUUGAAGCUGGUGGAUUUGAGUUUUGGGAUGUCGGCUGGAGGCCGUGUCCGGGAGCCGGUCCGGCGGUGGGAGGUUUAGGAACUUUCUCCGGCCUGGUGAAUCUUGUCGACUGUCCGCGCCUCCCUCGUCUCUCCUCUGCCUCUCAUCUCCCCCCAGCGGACUCUCCCCGAACAUGGAUGUUCACCUCGGUGAGAGCGGUGAAGAAGUUCACGAGUGGAGGAACACUUUGCUCUGGGCCUGGCAGGGUCAGUUAUGGGACAAAUACAGGCUCGUCUCUGCAGUAUUUGAACAUAUUGAACAUGACUAUUGUAACUAUGUUUGCAAUAAAUUAUUUUGAUUUA